CAUUUGUCACUCUCAUUCCCACACAAAAUUUCACAACCAGAAACAAAACUGAAAAAACCACACACACCAAAGGAAAAAUAAGCAGAAACACAAACGCAAAUACAUUGAUUACUCAAUCAGUCAUGGCCAACAUGAUCAUGGCCUCCUCCAAAACCCUAAUCUCAUCGUCCUCCAUUCCCCCAACCCCAAAACCCAAAACCCAUUUACCCCAAAUCUCUCUCCCCAAACUCCCGCUCCCCAAAUUCCCCACACCCAAUUCCCUCUCUCUCUCUAUUUCCUCCUCCACCACCCUCAAAUCCAUUGCGGCCAUUCUCGCCACCGCCUCUUUCUCCUGCCCGCCUCCCUCCCUCGCCGCCGAGAUCGAAAAAGCCGCCUUGUUCGACUUCGAUCUCACUCUGCCCAUCAUCGCGACGGAGUUCUUGAUCCUCAUGUUUGCACUGGACAAGAUUUACUACUCCCCACUUGGGAAUUUCAUGGACCAGCGUGAUGCGGCGAUCAAGGAGAGCCUGAGCAGCGUCAAGGACACGUCGGCGGAGGUGAAGCAGCUGGAGGACCAGGCGACGGCGGUGAUGAGGGCUGCGCGGGCCGAGAUAUCGGCGGCGCUGAACAAGAUGAAGAAGGAGACCCAAUUGGAGGUGGAGGAGAAAUUGGCUGAAGGGAGGAAGAAACUGGAGAUAGAGUUGCAGGAGGCUUUGGGUAUUUUGGAGAAGCAGAAGGAGGAGACAAUGAAGGCUUUGGACUCUCAGAUUGCUGCUCUCAGUGAUGAGAUUGUCAAGAAGGUCCUCCCUAUCUAAAUUUUUCCCCUUUUUUUGUUUUUGUUUUUGGAAAAAAAAAAAAUUUGAUGGGCUUAUAAUGACUUGAAUUUAUGUUGUGUAUUUAAUUGCUUUGAUGUUAAUGAAAGGUUCUAUAAUUGUAACA